AUGGCAUGUUUAUCUGGCCCCCAUGGCGCCCUCUUGAGGAAAAAUCCGGUAAAAGAGGAACUGGGCUUGUAGAGAAGAAGGAAGUGCAGUUACACUGAGGAAGGAUCAAAACAACGAAAGUGGGUUGCUGUUUUUAGACGAAUUCAGGUGCAUAGCGAAGGCGAAAGGCUUCGAGAAGCCUGGGAUUUCUCUUGAAGUUCUGAUACAAAAGCUGGGAUGAAGAAUUGUCUAUCCAGUUUCAGUUUAUUUAAUGGCAGGUAUUGGAAAUUUCACAGUAAAAAGGAAGACAUUUCUAUCAGACAUAUAAGUGCCAUAAGCCCUCGACAAAGAUCUUUACAUCAUUAUUAAGUUAAUUGUGCAAUAUUGAAUUUAAAGUUUGUGAUUGAAAUUGGUUACUUUGGUAUUGAAUUGAGGGAGCGCUAGAUACAACAAACUGUUUUUACGCGUGCGAGCUGAGGAUCUCCACGGCCAGUUAUCUUUGUGGUCGGAGGUAUUUUCAAUUCAAGGCAAGCAUUGUUAUUGCACGAAAGGUUUCCAGCUGGGUACAGUAGGCCUGAAAAGUUUGUGCGUUCGCUGUUUUUUGAACGACACAUUUGACCGAGUUUAUUUGAUGUGGGCCAGUGCAUAGUUAAUUGUUAGGUUAGUUAAAUUCGUACGACCAUUGUUGAAUAUCUAACGAAUGUGUACAAAGCAAGACAGAGGAUUGCGAAGAAGACAAGUGUAAUUUUGUUUAUUAUAAUUGGCGACCUGACCUGGUGGUGACAGAUUGUAGACUUUUACGGUAGUCUUUAAGCCUAGGGGCUAAAUAGGGGAUGAGUUUAUGCACUUUAAACACUUCAUUUUUUUACAUGCAAAAUAUUAACUGUCAAGAUGAAACUCCUGGAAAAUUCAAGUUUUGAAGCCAUAAACACCAGACUCACCAUUGAAACGGGGGACUGUCAGAUAAUAGGAAGGUAAGUUAUCAACAUGUCGAUAGUGCCACUAGCCCAUUUGCUAUGUAGACCUACAAAUGGACAAAAUUUGCACAUAAUUUGACAACACUUCAAUGCCUUGCUAUGAAGACCUAACAUAACUGAACUGUGUUACACAGGAAGUAGAUUUUCAGCAACCACAUUUGUUGAAGUGUAUGCAUGAUGUGAUGAACCAUUCUGUAUUUUCUCAGGAUCGAGAGCUACUCUUGCAAGAUGGCAGGCGAGGACAAGCAGAUGUUCAAGCAGUUCUGUCAGGAGGGACUGCCUCAUGUCCUGGAAGCCCUGUCCCCUCCACAGUCCUCAGGAAUAAGCCCCAACAAGUAAGACUUCAGUCCACACUACACCAUCACCAUAGGAACUCAGAGGUCUAUUCAGUACUGGGGAGAAAUGGUCAGUGUUUUGCAGAUAAAUGUAGCUAAUGCAUGUAGAACACACACACUAAAGUAGAUGUAUAACAUAGUGAUAGUGAGUUGAAUCUGUUGUAGUCAUUACACUUCUAUCAGUAUUCUGUAAUGCCCAUGGCCUGGUCACAUGAAGACCUAGACGAAUCCUGUAGUUCACGUCAAGCAGACAGUUCAAAUGACAAGAAUGCACUACAAGUAUGAACAAGUGUGGACUGAACAUGUUCAUAACACUAAUAAGUGUGUGUCUGUGGUUUUGUGCUGUUGUUGCAGGUUGAGCCAGAGUCAGAGUGGAGACGAGGGGGAAGGGCCUCUCUCUGACAAGUGCAGCAGGAAGACCCUCUUUUACCUGAUCGCCACCCUCAACGAAUCCUUCCGCCCCGACUAUGACUUCAGCCGCACCAAGAGCCACGACUUUAGCAGAGAGCCCAGCGUUAACUGGGUGAGGAUCUAUUUAACAUCUCCUACCUACUCAACAGUGCCUGUACCUGUACCUGCCUCGUGUUGCUGUUAUGAAUUGCUUACACCGGAACCAGCAUAUUCUGCUGGUUUUGCAUCGUGGCUUUCACUACACAGCAGCAUGAUUUGAUUGGGCUUGAUGUGCCGAGGCAGCUUGUACACAACCCAAAGCCUGUCAGGUCUUAUGUGGUAUGAGACCAUUACCUGGAGGACAAAAGGCUACGGAAAGAGACUAACAGAUCAACUCGAAAAUUAAAAGUAUAGCACACAGUGCUUGAAACUAGAUGUCUAGUCAUGGACAGUCUUAGCUGAAUUCUUACCUGGCUGGAUAUACACGGGAUAAGAGCGUCUGCUAAAUGACUUAAAUGUAAAUGUAAGUUAUGCGUUUGUAUGCCAUUAUUAACAUAGUGUGUGACCUCAGGUGUUCAACGCGGUGAACAGUAGUCUGUCGGCGGCGGCCCGGGAGGAGUAUAGUCUGCUUCAGCCCCAGCUGUGGGAGGCCAUUGACGCUGAGAUCUGCCUGUCAGAGUGUGACAUCUACAGGUGAGUAACGUCACGUUUUCUUAAAGGUAGAGAGGGUAUGUGUGGUCCGUAGUUGGCAGCAAUAUCACUAGAAACUCCGGCACGAGCAUCAGAGUGCUAGGUGGAGCCACUACCAUGUUGCUUACACCCAUCCAAUCCUUUCAGAUAUAUGACAAGUGUCUUGGGCAAGUGGUACUGUUUUCAUAGAGCAAUAAUCCAUUUUAUGUGUUAUUUUGUUUUCCCUUGAGGGGAGGCAUACAUGCUGUUUGUAAACCAGAAUUUAAGGGCCAUAUUGUUUUGAACGUUGCAGCUACAACCCAGACCUGGACUCUGACCCGUACGGAGAGGAGGGCAACAUGUGGUCCUUCAACUACUUCUUCUACAACACAAGGCUGAAGAGGAUAGUCUUCUUCACAUGCCGCUCGGUCAGGUUAGACUAAAGACUGCAAAACCCAUCAUCGCCACAGUUUUUUCCUUUUCUUGAAAAGUUGACUGCUGACUACAGAAUUCUUUGGGAUUGUAUUAACAGUCGACUAAUGAACAAAAUACAAAAUUAUGUUUUUGGGUGAACUAUACCUUUUUAACUUCUAAUGUCCAUUUGACGUGUCAGUUGUCUGGGUAUGGUAUUAUUUUAUCUGAGUGGAAAUCAUCUGUUUACAAUCUGUACAUGGUUGGUCAUAGACAAUAUAACUGCAUACUGACAAUAAAUACUUAUAUUUUGCUCAAAGCUAAAUGGAUACAUGGAUAAGUGUCCUAGGCAGUCAUUCAACAUAGCCAAAGAACCAGGGAAGCGAUAGAAAUUAAGCUAGCCCACUAGCCCAAGGCUAUUACUUUUCAGUCUGUGCCAGACUAACCCGCCAGGCCAGUGACAUUUUGUCUUUUCAAACAUCGCAUGACACAGAUUUUGGAUCCGUCUGUUACCCGGGUCAGUUGAAAUCACAGUUUACUGGCCAAUGUCCAAAAUACUUAUAUUCCAUCCCUGAAAGAAUUGCUUAUACAUUGAAGUGGUCUGUGGUGAGCAACAUUUGCUUUUGUCCCUGUGUGUUAGUUUAUUCAUGGCCCCACGGGACUCUGGCAUUGGCAACGAACUAGAUCUGGAGCUGGAUGAAGAUUGUUAUGAGAACAUGGAUGAAGAUGGGUAAGGAGGGCACACAGCCUGCAUUCUCCAUAGAAAACCUAAAAUAUGAUUUGGUAUUAAAAACAUAGAGCAUGAAACUGUUUUACUUUCUUUUAAGUGUCAAAGUUAUUUUGUAUGUUGAAUUAGUACUGUUCAUGGAUACAUCAUUUGGGUCUGUCUAAUCUUUUAAUCUAAACCAUGUAUUUCUUCUCUCAGCCGGUAUGGUGCCCUGUGUGCCCAGUGA